AUGGGACAACAUUUCACCAGUGAGGAAGGGGAACAAACAGAUAUUGAUGUUGCUGAGUUGCAGGAAUGGUAUAAGAAGUUUGUAGUGGAAUGUCCCAGCGGGACUCUCUUCAUGCAUGAAUUCAAGCGCUUCUUUGGAGUCCAGGAUAACCAGGAAGCAGCAGAGUAUAUUGAGACUAUGUUCAAAGCUUUUGAUAAGAAUGGGGAUAACACCAUUGAUUUUCUGGAGUAUGUCGCAGCUUUGAAUCUUGUCCUACGAGGAAAAUUGGAACACAAGCUGAGAUGGACAUUUAAAGUGUAUGACAAGGAUGGGAAUGGCUGCAUAGACAAACCUGAGCUCUUAGAAAUAGUUGAUUCUAUUUACAGGCUGAAGAAAGUGUGUCGGUCGGAAGUGGAAGAGAGGACUCCACUGCUCUCCCCCCAAGAAGUCGUGGACAGGAUAUUUCAGUUAGUGGAUGAGAAUGGGGACGGGCAAUUGUCCCUUGAUGAGUUCAUUGAUGGCGCACGGAAAGACAAGUGGGUGAUGAAGAUGUUACAAAUGGACGUAAACCCUGGAGGGUGGAUCGUGGAACAGAGAAGGAAAAGUGCUUUGUUUUAA